GGUGAUAAAUAGACCAUUUUCUUGGGUUUUUUUUUUUUUCCAUAGAGAAACAUUUCUCGCACCGCUGCUUCUUCUUCUUCUUCUUCUCGUUCAAUCUAUAAUACAUACACCAUCAGGUUGAAUAGUACUAAGGGUACGCAGCAGCAGUGAUAGUGCCAGUAGAGAGACAUCAGAUAUGGCUACAAAAAAGAGCGUUGGAUCACUCAAGGAAGCUGAUCUGAAGGGGAAGAGGGUGUUUGUGAGAGUGGAUCUGAACGUUCCUUUGGAUGACAACUCCAACAUCACCGAUGACACCAGGAUCCGCGCCGCUGUCCCAACCAUUAAAUACUUGAUCGGCUACGGUGCUAAAGUCAUCCUAUCUUCUCACCUUGGACGUCCAAAAGGUGUCACCCCAAAGUACAGCUUGAAGCCCCUUGUUGGCAGGCUCUCUGAACUCCUUGGUGUUGAGGUCAAGAUGGCAGAUGAUUGUAUUGGUGAACAAGUUGAGAAAUUGGUGGCUACCUUGCCAGAGGGAGGUGUUUUGCUCCUGGAGAAUGUGAGAUUCUACAAAGAAGAAGAGAAGAAUGAUCCUGAAUUUGCAAAGAAGUUGGCUUCUCUUGCAGACUUGUAUGUUAACGAUGCUUUUGGAACUGCCCAUAGAGCCCAUGCUUCAACUGAAGGAGUAGCCAAAUACUUGAAGCCUGCUGUUGCCGGAUUUCUGAUGCAGAAGGAGCUUGAUUAUCUCGUUGGAGCUGUGGCAAAUCCCAAGAAGCCAUUUGCUGCAAUUGUUGGUGGUUCAAAGGUCUCAACCAAGAUUAGUGUUAUUGAGUCACUGUUGGCUAAGGUUGACAUUCUCUUACUGGGUGGUGGAAUGAUCUUUACAUUUUACAAGGCCCAAGGGCACUCUGUUGGAUCCUCACUUGUGGAGGAGGACAAGCUUGAUCUUGCCUUAUCACUCAUUGAGAAGGCUAAGGCCAAAGGAGUGUCCUUGUUGCUUCCCACUGAUGUAGUUGCUGCUGACAAGUUUGCUGCUGACGCUAACAGCAAGGUUGUUCCAGCUUCUGGAAUUCCUGAUGGUUGGAUGGGAUUGGAUAUUGGACCUGUUUCUACCAAGUCGUUUAGUGAAGCUUUAGAUACUACAAAAACCAUUAUUUGGAACGGACCAAUGGGGGUUUUUGAGUUCGAGAAAUUUGCCGCAGGAACAGAUACUAUUGCAAAAAAAUUGGCAGAGCUUAGCGGCAAUGGAGUGACAACAAUCAUUGGAGGUGGUGACUCUGUUGCUGCCGUGGAGAAGGCCGGGCUUGCUGACAAGAUGAGCCAUAUUUCAACGGGUGGUGGUGCAAGCUUGGAACUUCUUGAAGGCAAAUCUCUCCCUGGAGUUCUUGCACUUGACGAUGCUUGAAAAGGUCUUUGUUCGAUUUUCCCCAUUUGCGCACCUUACAACUCAUGUAUCUCGGUUUUCCCCUGAGCGGUUUGGAUCAUAAAAGAGCUGGCUCUGUAGAGUAAUACAGAUGAAGUUUGAAUAAAUUCUUCUGUGGGCACGACCUGUGUCAGGCAUUAGUAGUGAAUGUUCUUGGUUCUGAAUCUACUGCUGCCAAUGAGAUUCUUUUUGUAAUCAGGUCGAUACUCAGCCAACAGGGGUAUUAUUCGGUUUCAUUUUCUGCUAAAAGAUUUCUUGAACUUUGAGGAUUUAUGUGUGGUAUAAUCUGUCUGGCAUUCCAUAA